AUGGCAGCUAAACAGGAAGUCCUCAAAAAGAAUGUUUUUCAUUUUUAUCAUCGUCCUUUAAUAGUGAAAGAUUGGUCCGUAGAGGAGGGCUUUAAACUGGAAGAUGUCAAGAUCCAGUGUGCGUUCAACUGCCUAAACUUUAGCUUAAGUACUGGAUAUGGGUAUGAAACCACAGUUUGCAGGAAACCUACUCAGAAAGCAUGGAAGCAGGAGAGCUCUCCUGCUAUACAGAAGGGAGCCAGUCUUGAGAAGAGUAUGGUUGGUGGUGAAGAACCAAAUGGAAAGAAACAGAAAGAAAACACUGCUGCAUCAGCACAGAUAUCAGGAGAGAUUAAUGAAGGAGGAAACAGUGGAAGGAAACUACCAAUUGCACUCAGUAAUACUCGAAAGGAAAGGAAGUAG